UUGCAAACGUCCACGGCGAAUUCACUCCCUUAUUCAUACAUUUGUUCAGUGAUUUUUUUAAGCGGGGUUGUAUGAGGUACAUAUGUAACGUUAGUCAAUGUACAGUAUCACACACAGUAGACAGCGGUCAGCAGCAACUGUAACGUAAUGUUUACCACACAUACACACACACGCACGCACAAUACAAUUCAUAACACAAUGCUAAGAUUGAUAUUAAUAAUUUGAGUAAUAAAGAGUAGUUUCAAUACAAUUCAUUUGUGGCUAUAAGGGAUUUUCUGACCUUUGUUUAAUAUGCUUACCUCUUACAGAUUUGAAGAAUACCAGAUGAAUAAAAGCAUCACAAAUCAACCACAAGAGCCUUCAAUCUCGCAAUUUCUGGACAAUCGUGUUGGGCAUUAAAGCAUGAGUCAUCCACAGCAGACAGCUAUCACCAGUGCAAUACUGUCCGACCUGAUCAUUGAUUGCAACUUGCCCCUGUCUAUUGUGGAAAACAAGAGUUUUCGGCACUUUCUGACAGUACUUGACAGCAAGUAUAGCCCAGUGUGUCGCAGAACACUGACAUCAAAAACAGAGAGAGAGCAACAGAGCAACACUGACCAUGUUUCAGUCACUGUGGACAUUUGGUCUGACCGGAAGAUGAGGGGAUUCCUGGGUGUCACUGUGCACUGGAUAGAGAAAGAGGCAGAGAGGAUACAGCUGAAGUCCAAUCUCUUGGCCUGUGAGUGCUUCCAAGGCUCACACACUGCUGAAAGAAUCUGUGACCAAUUUGAGUCAAUAUGUGAUGAAUACAACAUUAAACAUAAACUGGACUACAUUAUUAGUGAUAAUGCUGCUAACAUGCGAAAAGCAUUCACUGUGUGCUUCCCCAGUGAACAAGAGGAUGGCGAUGACGGAGAUCAUCUUGAUGACCCUGAGCUCUGGUGUGACUUAAUCCUGGAAGAUCAGCAAACAGUAAUGUUGCUAUGGCAAAGAAACAGCGCUUGCAGUGUUUUGCGCACACUCUUCAGCUGGUGGUGGGAGACAGUUUGAAAGAAACAAAAGUGGUAUCUCCUUCUCUUUCAAAGUUAUCAAAACUCAGCUCACUGCUGCACACAAGCACAACAUUCAAAGAUGUGUUUGAUGCUGAAUUUGGGGAACAGAAAGGCAUCCCUGCUGCAGUCAACACAAGAUGGAACUUAACACUGAGGCAAGUGAAGGUGCUUCUCCAAUGCAAUCAUCUAAAGCUCUGCGCUGUUCUAGAAAAGGCUGGGCACAGGGAGUUGUCAUUCAAAGCACAGGAGUGGAAUCUGUUGAAGGAAUUGGUGGACAUCUUGAAGCCAUUUGGAGAAGCAACUGAUUUGACACAGGGGGAGAAGGUCAUCACAAUCAGUGCUGUUGUUCCAUCUGUCUUGUCCCUCAACUACCACCUUGAGAAGCUGAAGCCUCAAGUCUGUUUCCUGAGCAGCCUGGUCAGAAGUCUCCAGGCAUCCCUGAACAGAAGAUUUCUUGGAAUCUUCAAUGUGAAAAUGGCCAGGACACAAGAUGGGGUCACUGCUCCUUUUUCAGAUCCAGUCUACCUCAAAGCAGCUGCCUUGGAUCCAGCCUUUUCUCUGUUGUGGGUGGAGCCCCAUGUGCUGGUCAGUCGUGACAUCAAGGCAGAGGUGGCACAACAAGUUAAAGAUGCUGCAGAGACUGAGCAGCCUGUUCCUUUUGUUGAUGAAAAGGAGCAAGAGGACCUCAGAGAAAGAGAAGGGCUGUUUGCUGCAUACCAUAAGAGGCAGAAGAAGGAUGUUGGGACUACUCCAUCACUACAGCUAAGUCACUACCUUGACAUAGCCGAAGGACAGAACGCCCUUUUGUUCUGGGCAUUGAACAUGAAGACUCUUCCUUCACUGUUCCGAGUGGCCAUCAGAGUCUUGGCAGUGCCUGCCUCCAGUGCUCCAAUGGAGUGAGUUUUCUGCCAAGGUGACAUCAUACUACAUCACCAUCAUGCACAAAUGACUGAGAGACUUUUGGCCAAUUUGGUCUUUUGCAAAUGCAAUGCAGCAUAGGGCUCUGAUGUAUAAAAAGCACAACCCUGUUCAUUGUUAUGUUCAUGUAUGUGAUAUGUUUCUCACAUGUACACACACACACACACACACACACACACACAUAAACACACAGACAAUAUGAGAUGGUACAGGACAGGACAAACUGCUGUGGAACUAGUUGAAAUGCAA